CAGAAAGGGUUGAGGGACAGUUGUCGAGGCAUGGGAAAGCAUUCAACCCCGCCCAUUUCGUAUCCGUUCACGUGGCGAACGUGACGGCAUUCCCAGCUUCGAUGGCGCUCUCGGAAUCAGAAGCCAUCCAGAAGAUUCAGCCAUGUCACUGCCAAGGCGCAGUAGCUGUAACUCACACUCCAACUCUCUCUCUCUCUCACAGAGAAAAGAAAAAGAAAAUUCGGAUUCCUUUCUUCUUUGAGUUCAACUUUGAGCUUCAAGAUGCCUCAUCCACUUCUAUGCGAUUCCAACACUGCUACUAAAGUUUCCCUCAUUGCUUCUGUUAUUUGCUCGACUAACACUGCUCGUUCUUGUAUUGGACCUUGUUCUAUCUCCGACAUGGGAUUAAAAUUAAGUAAGCGCGCAUCGGGUGGCAAUGGGCCUAGACAGACUUGGGAUCGUCUAAAGCAUAGGGCAACCAAUGCUUAUGGUCAGCGUGCUCAGGAACGUGUACUUGAGGAAGAAGCCCCUCAAGUGUCUCAGAUAGCCCCAUCGUUGAAAAAUUUCCCAGGUCAGGCAUUUCCACUGGGUGUGUCAGAAGUUGAUAAUGGGAUUAACUUUGCUAUUUUUUCACAGCAUGCAACUGCUGUCAAACUUUGCUUAUUACUUCCUGACAGGGGGUCUGAAAGACUAGAUGAUGAAAUGAUGGAACUGACUUUGAAUCCUCAUGUGAACAAGACGGGAGAUAUUUGGCACAUAUGUAUUGAGGAUUUGCCUCGGAGCAAUGUUCUCUAUGGUUAUCGCAUAGAUGGGCCUCGAGGUUGGCAUCAAGGGCAUCGAUUUGACAGCAGCCUUGUGCUUAUAGAUCCAUAUGCAAAGCUAGUUGAGGGCAGACGAUAUUUUGGAGAUGUUAACAACAAAUUUUCUAGAUUUCUUGGAACUUAUGAUUUUGAUAUCAUUCCCUUUGACUGGGGAGAGAACUACAAGCUUCCAAAUAUAUCUGAGAAAGAUCUUGUUCUGUAUGAAAUGAAUGUCCGUGCAUAUACAGUAGAUGAAUCUAGUGGGUUGGAUCCAAAGAUACGUGGAAGCUAUCUUGGGGUGAUUGAGAAGAUCCCACAUCUUCAAGAGCUUGGGAUCAAUGCAGUGGAGUUGCUGCCUGUCUUUGAAUUUGAUGAAUUGGAGUUUCAGAGGCGCCCAAAUCCUAGAGAUCACUUGAUUAAUACAUGGGGCUAUUCGACGAUAAAUUUCUUUGCUCCUAUGAGUCGCUAUGCUAGUGAUGGAGGAGGUCCCAUUAAUGCUUCACUGGAGUUCAAAGAAAUGGUCAAAGCCUUGCAUGGUGCUGGGAUAGAGGUCAUUUUGGAUGUUGUUUAUAAUCAUACUAAUGAGGCUGAUGAUGCCAAGCCCUAUACUACUUCAUUCCGUGGGAUAGAUAACAAGGUUUAUUACAUGCUGGAUGUAAACAAUAAUUGCCAACUGCUGAACUUCUCUGGUUGCGGAAACACAUUUAACUGUAACCAUCCUGUGGUCAUGGAACUGAUCCUUGACAGCUUAAGACACUGGGUGGUUGAGUAUCAUGUGGAUGGAUUCAGGUUUGACCUUACCAGUGUUCUUUGUCGAGGAACAGAUGGUUCCCCACUUAAUGCUCCUCCACUUAUUAGGGCAAUAGCCAAAGAUGCUGUUCUAUCGAGGUGUAAGAUUAUUGCAGAACCUUGGGACUGUGCGGGUCUCUAUCUUGUUGGAAGAUUUCCAAAUUGGGAUAGGUGGGCUGAGUGGAACGGGAAGUACCGUGAUGACAUAAGAAGAUUUAUCAAGGGUGAACGUGGCAUGAAGGGGAGUUUUGCAACUCGUGUUGCUGGCUCUUCUGACCUGUACAAAGUAAAUAAGCGCAAGCCUUAUCAUGGUGUUAAUUUUGUGAUUGCACAUGAUGGUUUCACACUACAUGAUCUCGUUUCAUACAACUUAAAGCACAAUGAUGCCAAUGGAGAAGGUGGAAAUGAUGGAAGCAAUGAUAAUUUUAGCUGGAAUUGUGGCUUUGAAGGAGAAACUGAUGAUCCCAAAAUCAUAUCUUUACGCUCCCGGCAAAUGAAAAAUUUCCACUUGGUAUUAAUGAUAUCUCAGGGAACCCCAAUGAUGCUAAUGGGGGAUGAAUAUGGGCAUACCCGCUACGGAAAUAACAACAGUUAUGGACAUGAUACUAGCAUUAACCAUUUCCAAUGGGGACAGCUGGAUGCACAGAAGAGUAAUCAUUUCAGGUUUUUCUCAGAGGUCAUUAAAUUUCGGCGAACUCAUCGCCUAUUUCAGCGGGAAAGUUUUCUUAGCAAAGAUGAUGUGACAUGGCAUGAAGACAACUGGGAGAAUUAUGACAGCAAAUUUCUUGCAUUUACGCUCCAUGACAAGGGUGGAGGGGACAUCUAUUUGGCAUUCAAUGCUCAUGACUAUUUUGUCCGAGUUUCAUUACCUCGACCACCAAUAAAGAGGAGCUGGUUUCGUGUGGCUGAUACUAAUCUUGAGUCUCCCAACGAUUUUGUCCCUGAUGGUGUUCCGGACAUUGGAAGCACCUAUAAUGUUGCUCCUUACUCCUCAAUUCUUCUUGAAGCCAAGUUAUGAGAUUAUUUCAGUAAGUUCUUGCUGAUCAAAUUCUCAAAACUGGAUUAUGAGGUGAGAGUAGAAUCAGGGCCCAUGCAUCAAGGACUUGAUCAGAACUGAAAAUUUUCGAUAGAAAAACGCCACAUACGGAAUGCAGAUAUGAAUAAAACCCACACUUGAAUUUCAAGUGAAUAAGAGAGCAGCCAUUUAUAGUCUAGGAUGGAGGAAUAUUAAGUAUUUGCUCUUGUAUAAAAAUAAAGAAACACCAUAGAGAUAUGAGCUAUCUGUUUAUGUUGGUACAUAGAUCAUCAAGAUUUAGAAGCAAUGUAUUAUUAUUCAUAUCCCAUUCAUCA